UGCCCACUUUUCCUUCUUUCUCUUUCUACAGAAAACAACUCAGCUCCCAUUCGCGAGGAAUUUUCAAGCUUUCCCUCUCUCUAAUCUCUAUCUUCUUGGUACAGUAAAGAAGACAGACCCACCUGGCCACCAGUUCACUGAAUUUAGGGUCACCCCUACAGAUAUGUACUACUAAACAGAAAAAGCAAACAAAAAAAUUUAAAAAAAAAAAAGAAAAAGAAAGAAAGAAAGAGAGAAGACAUUGACAUAGUCCCAUUUGAACAUGGAUUCAGAAAAUGGGAUCCGCAGACCCAAUUUCCCUCUCCAGCUUUUAGAGAAAAGAGAACACCAUAAUCAUCAACAACCUCCAUCUUCAUCUUCUUCCUCGGUUUACAACACGUCUUCUUCUUUACUGGGUUCGACUGAAUCCAACCCCAACGUCAACGCCAGCCGACAAGCAGUCAGUAACGCUCAAGAGUCGGCCGCUGCUAAGAAGCCGGCGCCCAAGCGGACCUCCACCAAGGACCGACACACCAAGGUUGAGGGUCGAGGGCGCCGGAUCCGCAUGCCGGCGACAUGCGCAGCUAGGGUUUUCCAGCUCACUCGAGAGCUUGGCCACAAAUCUGACGGAGAAACCAUCGAGUGGCUCCUCCAACAAGCCGAACCCGCCGUCAUCGCCGCCACCGGAACAGGUACAAUUCCCGCCAACUUUACCUCCCUCAACAUCUCUCUCCGCAGCUCCGGUUCUACUAUCUCAGCUUCCCACCUCCGCAGCACUUACUUCCACCCCAACUUCGCCGCCCAACAGCUCAGGAUCCGAAAUGAGUGGGAGAGAAAUUUCGUCCUCGACGAACAACAAAGAAGAAGCAUCAUGUUCCCCGUAGCUUCCGACGAUAAUCCCUUGUGUAAUUUCCCCGGUAGCAGCAGCACUAAUAGUAACAACAAUGUCAGUGCUUUCUUGCGUGCCAAGCAAGAGCUCCGGGACGUGACAAUGGAGGUAAGUCAUGACGGCGGAGACCAUUCCAGGAAACGGAGACCGUUAGUGGAGCAAGAAAACCAGAUGGGUAACACUUAUUUGAUACAAUCAAGCACGGGAUCGAUUCCGGCGAGUCACAGUCCAAUUCCGGCGACGUUUUGGACAGUGGCGAGUCCUAGCAGCAGUCAAAUGAUGGUGGGGAGUGAUAAUAUGUGGCCGUUCUCAUCUAUGAGUGGUAGUACUAUUCCUAGUGGGGUGCAUUUCAUGAACUUUCCUACUCCUAUUGCUUUAUUGCCUGGACAGCAAACGACUCAUAAUAAUUCGGUCGGGGGAGAUAGUCAUUUAGGGAUGUUAGCCGCGUUAAAUGCUUACCGUCCGGUUCCCACCGGCACUGGUAAUAUCUCCGGUUCCGAUCAGGCCAGCGGGUCCCAUCAUCAGCACCAUGGAGGAGGAGGAGAAGAGGGAGCAUGACGCAAGUCAGAAUUCUUCCCAAUUACAAGUAGUGUAUGGCUUGAAUCUUGAUAAUAUAUCAUAUAUCAUAUAUAUAUAUAUAUACACAUAUAUAUGGUUUUAGCUUUCUUACUUACCCUGAUUAAUUUUUGUUUGUUUCUUGGUUUUUAUUAUUAAGUAUAUAUAUAUGUAUAUGUGCAAGUAUAUUUUUGCAACACAGGCGCAAGUUUGUUUGCUUGAAAAUUGAGAGCUUGAUACAUA